GCAGCAGUUAGGUCUGAAAAUGAGUGGCCGCGGUAAAGGAGGUAAAGGUCUUGGUAAGGGAGGCGCCAAGCGCCACCGUAAAGUUCUUCGUGAUAACAUCCAGGGAAUCACCAAGCCCGCCAUCCGCCGCCUGGCUCGCCGCGGCGGAGUGAAACGUAUCUCGGGUUUGAUCUACGAGGAGACCCGCGGUGUCCUGAAGGUGUUCUUGGAGAACGUGAUCCGUGAUGCCGUCACCUACACUGAACACGCCAAGAGAAAGACCGUCACCGCCAUGGACGUGGUCUACGCUCUGAAGAGACAGGGACGCACCCUCCCAACAGCAUUCCACUUCCAAAUUCCGUCAUCUACUAUGGCUAGAACAAAGCAGACCGCCCGUAAGUCCACCGGUGGCAAAGCCCCCAGGAAGCAGCUCGCUACCAAGGCCGCCCGUAAAAGCGCCCCGGCCACCGGCGGUGUGAAGAAGCCUCACCGCUACAGGCCCGGUACCGUCGCGCUCCGAGAGAUCCGUCGCUACCAGAAAUCCACCGAGCUGCUGAUACGUAAGCUGCCCUUCCAGCGGCUGGUGAGAGAAAUUGCGCAGGAUUUCAAGACUGACCUGCGCUUCCAGAGCUCCGCUGUCAUGGCCCUUCAGGAGGCCAGUGAGGCUUACCUGGUCGGUCUGUUUGAGGACACCAACCUGUGCUCUGGUUUGACAAUGAGUGGCCGCGGUAAAGGAGGUAAAGGUCUUGGUAAGGGUGGUGCCAAGCGCCACCGUAAAGUUCUUCGUGAUAACAUCCAGGGAAUCACCAAGCCCGCCAUCCGCCGCCUGGCUCGCCGCGGCGGAGUGAAACGUAUCUCGGGUUUGAUCUACGAGGAGACCCGCGGUGUCCUGAAGGUGUUCUUGGAGAACGUGAUCCGUGAUGCCGUCACCUACACUGAACACGCCAAGAGGAAGACCGUCACCGCCAUGGACGUGGUCUACGCUCUGAAGAGACAGGGACGCACCCUGUACGGCUUCGGCGGCUAAACUGCGUAAAAUUUGACUCACACAAAGGCUCUUUUAAGAGCCGCCCACUUCCUCUGAAGAGCUUUCCUCCC